AUGCCCCCUACAUUCAGAUCCUCCCGAUCAGGCCGCCACCUAGGUGAAACAACCACCGCCCGCACGCGCACCGGCCAAAUCGACCACGAUGUCUUCGAAGGCCUCCCCGUCCGCCGCUGGACUCGCCAACACCAAAUGGUCUCCCAAGCCCCCAAACCCGACGAAGCAGAAUCCAUCUUCCAAGGCCCUGGCGGAAAACAAACUCUCCCGGAGCACCCCAUGCCAAGAGAUAGUCAGUUGUUGACGCCUACAAGUAAGGCGCUUUUGCGCGCCGCGCGCGCCGGGUGUAUAUAUAUUAGACAGGCGCCGAAGGAGGCUGAGGACAUCAACCUUAUUGUCAACGAGGAAAAGGAGACGACAGACGCGGAGGAGGGUGGCGCUGCUGCCUCGGGGCAGUCGAAGGCGGAGAGAAGCUUUGUGACUAGGAAGUGGAUGACGGUGCCGCGGCAUAUGGAGCCGCCGGAGGUGGAGUUUUUGGCGAAGAGACGGCCGGGUCUGCCUUCGUUGUAUGGGGCUGCUGCUACGGGUGUUGAUGGGACGCCUAAUGUGCCUAUGAGACGGACGCGAUUUAAGAAGAUGGACCCUGCGACUGGGAAUGUGUCUGUGUAUGAGGCUUGGGUUCCCGAGGGGCAUCGCAUUGAAGGGGAGAUUACUGCGGAUGAUCAGGUUGUGCCUGGUAAUGCUGAAGCAACCGUUAAUUCCGAGGCACCCGCCCCAGGGACAGUGGUUGAGGGUGUUGGAACGGUUAACGCUGAAGGUGUGGUUGUUGCAGAGGCUGGCUCUGCGGCUGUCAUGACUCCUCCGAAGCGGAGGCCACCUCCACCCAAGCGAAAGGGUAAGGGCUUCAAGGGUAGAAGAAAGAAGGUUAUGUUCGCGCCUGGUGAGGGUGUUGAUGCGUCUGCCGUACAUGGCGCUGGAGCUGCCGGCGACGGGGUGAUGGGCACGGAUGGUACCAAGUCUGAAGACGGCGAUGUGUCGCGUGGUGACCAGGGUGGUCAGGAGGAUGAGGAUGAUGAUGGUGAAGAGGGUGAGGAGAGCGAUGAGGGUGAUGAGUCCAUGAUGGAUGCGAAGACGCCGGAGACGCCUGCUGCGGAACCUGCUCAACCUACCCAGACUCCCCAACCUGUUCCUGCAGAGACGGCGCCGGAACCGCAAGCCCCUGGUGAUGCAUCACCAGUAGCUGAACAAACUCCCGCUCCCGUCUCAGACAAGCCUAGUGAUGAGAAGCCAGCCCCUGCGGAUGUAACCAUGACAGACUACCAGCCUGAGCCAGCAGCAUCUGAACCUCAACCAGCACCUGGUACACAGCAACCAACUGCACCAGAGCAACCAGCACCCGCUGCGGAGACGACGACCGACAACCAGCAGCAGGCAGAACAGCCCGCUCUCCACGCUCCGGAAGAGUCCACGGAAAAACCACAAGAGACAGUCAAGACAGAGCCUGAUCAACAAGAAAGCCAAGAUGCCAUGGAUACGUCAACAGACCAGCCCCUCGAACAACAACAACAACAACAACAACAACAACAACAGCCGCAAGAGCAAGAGGCAGCUCCCAAGCCGGAACCAGAACAACAAGAACACGAUACGACCACCACCGAAAACCAAGAUGCGGAUGUAUUGGGUACUCUCGAAAGAAGUCUGGAUGCUCCUGCUAGCAGCGAACAGACAGAAACUCAACCAGAACCUGAAGCUGAGCCUGAGCCUGAGCCUGAGCCUGAACAGAUACAGGCCUCGACUGAACCUGCUGCACCUACACCAGCUGCCGCAACGGAAACAGGGCCAACAGAAGAGCAGCCAUCGACAGAUAACCGGGAAGUUGAAAAGCCCGCUGAAGAACAGCAGCAGCCGCAGCAGCAACAAGAACAGGAACAACAACCCAAAAAAGAAGUUGAGGAUCGGCCUCCUGUACAGCAAUCAAUUGAACAACCCCAAGAACAAGAACAACAAACCAAGGAAGAAGUCGAAGACCAGCCUCCUGUACAACAGCCAAUUGAACAACUACAAGAGCAACAACAGCAACAACCCGAAGGGGAACAACAACUUACGGAAAGAUUUGCUGCUGGGCCCACGGAAUCUUCUAAGCAUUCUGCUGAGCAGCCUGCAGAAUCACCCGCAGAACAACCAGAAGAGGAACCUGAAGCCCAACCUCAACCUCAACAGGAAGCAGACGAAGCGCAACAACGACAAGAACAGAAACAGCAAGAACAACCACCAGCACCAGCGCAGGAGGGAGAGCCUGGUCAGAACUAG